AUGGAAAUCAAGAGGCUGUCGACGGCCGAUGGCGCCGAGGCCAUCGUGAAAGCCAUGGAAGACGAUGGCAUGGUCAUCAUCACCGACUUCAUCACCAAAGACCAGAUUGACCGUUUGAAUGCCGACUUGGAACCCGAGCUGGCCAAGAUGAAGGCGGGCAAACCGGAUGGCAUGAUGGACUACUAUGAAGAGAUUGACGCCGCAUACGGUCUCAAUACCAAGCGCCUCCUCGAUGUCCCGACCUUCAGCAAGGCUUUCCGCGACGACAUCAUCGAGAUCGAGAUCAUGCAUCAAGUCUCCGAGCGCGUUUUCAAAAGCAUGAACGGAGACGACAAUCCCAGCAACGGGUACUGGCUCAAUUCCGCACAGGUUAUUGAGAUAGGCCCUGGCAACGAUGCGCAAGCUCUCCACCGAGACCAAGAGAUGUGGCCACUCUGGAACGACAUUGGGCCUAACACCCCUGAGGCCGUCAUCAACUUCUUCUUUGCCAUUACUCCCUCUACCGAUCUCAACGGGGCCACGCGCCUUGUGCCUGGGAGCCACAAAUGGCCCAAGUUUGAAUCCAGCCUGGAAAAGGGCAUUUUGAACCAUGAUACCGUGCCUGGUGAGCUGAACCCCGGAGAGUGCCUCCUCUUCUCGGGCAAGCUUCUGCAUGGAGGUGGUGCCAACAGGUCUCAGAAAGACUGGCGCCGUUGCUUCUCGCUCAGUAUCUGCCGAAUGGGACUGAUGCCCGAGCAAGCCCACUGCCUGUUGAUGCCCAUCGACGUAGCUGAUACCAUGACCUACCGAGGCCAAGCUAUGCACGGCUUUCGCAGCAUGUGGCCAACUGCACAUGGCAGAGCAGGCUACUAUUGGACCAAGGACUAUGAAGAUGUUGGUCAGCACAUUGGGUUGAAGGACAAGCCUUUGUACCCCGAGAAGGCAGCAACUACAGCAUAA